AUGGAUUUCGAAGAACAGUUGGAAAAAGCCGAGAAAUUGGAUUCUCCCUCUUUAGUAGGGUCCUCCUUGAGAUCGGCUGACGACUCUGCCCACCAAAAUUACAUUCACCCUGAAAAAUACAAAGGUGUGAACAAACAAAAGGCCUCUAGGCGCUCCAUCUUAAACUCCUCUAUUGGCGCGUCUUUGGAUGAUUUGAUCAGCGAGGGCGCUUUAUUGGGUUCUGAGGAGGAUUUCGACAAGUUUUUGGACGAUAAGGGUAACGUCAAGUUCAACGCCAAGUUCCUGGGGAAAAAGGACAAAGAUUCGGGCGAAAAUGCCGACAGCGACGGCGCCUCUGCAGAAGCAACAACUCCAGAGGAAUCUUCGGACAAGGUUGAUUCCCACGAGUCCGAAGCCAAAAAGGAGCCUGAAUCUACUUCACACAAUUCACCUCCAGAAGUGGUUGUCUCGAAUGACCUGGUGCCUGUACUGAAGUCCUUCUACGAGGCAGAAAAUUACUCGACACCAAACUUGUCAGAAUACCAGCUUGACCACCAGAUCUCAGACCAUUCAGAGCUUUUGAACUCUGUUCAAUCUUAUGACUUAUCCAAAUUGCCGUCUUCUAACGACAGGGAAAAGUCCAAGUCCAACGAGCUCUAUGCUGCAAAUGAAAGAGUGCCAAGAGGAGCGUCGCAAUCGUCGCAACCAAAUCGUAGCUCUGUCUUUUCCAGAUCUGAGGACGAUUCGGAUAGUGCUAGAUUGGUUGAAGCUGAUUCAAUGCACACUCCUUAUUUGCCACGUGACGGCAGAUCUACCAGUAGAUCUAGAGCAAGUGUGAGAGAUGGAAGUGCCAGAUCUAGAUCGAGAUCUUCCUCCGCUAUCAAGCCUCACUUGGCUCGCGGAGAUUCGUAUAAGAGUACACAUAUGGAAUCACCAACGAAGUACGAGCUCCCUCCCGAUAUGGCUCUUGAAGAAGAAGAAGACGACUCUUUGGACCGCAGAACCAGACAAUCGAGACCUACUUUGGGAGAUUCCAUUGCUGCUGCUGAAGCUGAGGAUGCAUCUUUCCAUAGCGAUUCUAUCACUCGUGAGCCAUCUUUGGUUACAACCGGAGACUACACUAACUUCAAUGCAGACAUGCCUUCCCAAAGAUUGGAUGAGCGUACCUUGUUUUCUGUCCGUUCUGAAUCGUCCACAAACUAUUUGAGAACUAUCUCCAGAUCAAGAUCAAGACAACCUGCUUCCCGCGAACCGAAACCAGCUGUGAAUGAGAAGUUGGAUUCUAAUCCUGAAGAGUUGGUAGAAGAAGGUGCCUUGGUGUCGGAUGACCCAUAUGGACAAGUGUCAAAUCUUGACAAUAUGCUUCAAAAGGUAUUGAAGAAGCCUCUGGAAGAAUCCGGAACUACAAGGGAGUCAAAAAACUUAGUCAAUGAUGUGUCAGCUGAAGAAAAGGAAACUGAGACUAAGGAACAGCUUUUGGCCGAAAAAGGCCCCUCGCUCACUUCUGAGGAUAUUAAAGUGGAAACCGCUGAAGCAGAGAGUGCUUCAAAGCCCAGCGAUUAUGUGGAAUAUGCUGAGGAUCUUCGCAAAGAUGUAACCGAGGAGGAAAAAGAAGAGGAACCCAGAGUCGACCAGCCCGCUGAAAGUUUAAUUAAAGAGGCACACGAACAGUUGGUUGCAGAAAAAGCGCCUCUUGUUACGGGUGAAGACAUCAAGGUUAGGCUAACCGAAGGGGAUGAGAAGAAAGAGUCAACGACCGGGGCAGAUGAGAAUGAAACCAUUGAUAAAGCUUGCGAAACAUCCGAAGAAAAUGAUGACUCACCAGCGCUCAAGCAAACCGAAAACGAUGCAAAUGUUGAGAAAGCUGAGGAAACCUCCGAUUCCCAAGAGGACAAGGUUGAGAAUCUCACGAACGAUGACGCCGUGUCCGAAGAGAAGGAAGAAGGUGAAAAAGUGGUGACUUCUGCAAAGGAUGAUGAUAACGUCUUAGAAGGAAAAGAAACUUCAGAAACUGCCGCAGAAGAAGAGGCCGAAACAAAUGCAACAAAGGGUCUUGAAGACUUGGCUGCUGAAACCGUGAAAGAACAAAGCCAGUUAACCGACAAAGUAAUUGAGGACCUUCUGGAAUCAGCAGUUGAGGAAAAGGAAUCAGAGAAAGCUGAAGAUGAGAUAGACGCCUCUGAAACUUUAGAAGGCAAAGAUGUGACUACUUCAACUGAAACUUCAAGCAACACAAAAGCUGAAGUCGAAGCCACCUCGAAAGCUUCUGAGGAGGAUGACGAUGAUAUUGAUGUAUCGCCUGAAGAGUUACGUAAGCAUUUACAAAGUUUGCCUAUUUACCUUUUCACAUCUCUUGCUGGAGGAAUGCAGAUUGUUCAAAGAACGAACCGUUUGGCGACGAUCUUGCAAGGCAAUGGCAUCAAGUUUGAGUUCCGUGACUUGGGCACAGAUGAAGAGGCUAAGAAAAUCUGGAGAAGACAUGCACAGGGCAAAGCAUUGCCUGGCGUUGUUAGAGGGGAUGAUUUCAUCGGCGACUGGAAAUACAUCGACGACGUUAACGAAGAAUACCGUUUGCACGAAGUAUUAUACGAGACGCUCUAG